CAGUAUAUAUAUAGCUGCGUGGUCAGAAAUUGAGCCGUUUGUUUUGUACAACCGUUGCAACGGAAGCAUAAUAAUAAAGCUGAAUAAAGCGUCCAGCUUGAUCGAUCCUCGUUUUUGUUGAUUGCUAUCAGUGUAAAAACGAGUGACGCAUCGCAAUGCCAAAAGUACGUAGAAGCAAGAAAUCGCCUCCGGAUGGUUGGGAGUUGAUCGAGCCUACUCUCGAAGAAUUGGAGCAGAAGAUGCGAGAAGCUGAAACGGAGCCACAUGAGGGGAAACGCAAACAGGAAUCAUUGUGGCCAAUUUUCAAAAUUCACCAUCAGAAGUCUCGAUACAUUUACGACCUUUUCUAUCGAAGGAAAGCAAUCAGCAGAGAAUUGUACGAUUACUGCUUGAAUGAAAACAUUGCGGACAAAAAUCUCAUAGCAAAAUGGAAAAAAGUAGGCUAUGAAAAUUUAUGCUGUUUGAGAUGCAUACAGACGAGGGAUACGAAUUUUGGAACGAAUUGUAUCUGCAGAGUACCCAAGGGAAAACUGGAAGAAGGUCGUAUAGUGGAAUGUAUACACUGUGGCUGCAGGGGAUGUUCUGGUUGACGAUUAAUGAAAAUUAGACAUUUUCUCAUAAGGCACAUGACUCUGAUGUUUUUUAUUAUAAAUUUAAAUAUAUAACGAUAAUAAGAUAUAAAAAAGUAAACAAACACGUUGGACGUAAAUCUGUAAAUAAACGAUAAAAUGUUCUGGA